GUACUACAAGUCAAAUAGGUUAAAUGAGAAAAGUGAUGUUUACAGCUUUGGGAUGGUAUUGUUGGAAAUCAUCACAGGCAAACCUGCAAUGUCAAAAACUCAUGACAAUAUUUGCCUGGGUGAAUGGGUCACUUUAAUGCUUGAAGAAGGGCGUAUCAAUAGUAUAGUUGAUCCAAGGUUGCAAGGAAAUUUCAGCGUGAACACAGCCUGGAAAGUUGUUGAAAUUGCCAUAAAUUGUGUUUCUCCAAGUUCAGCCCAACGGCCUACCAUGGGUCAAGUAGUGGGAGACCUAAAGGAGUGUUUGGAAAUUUCAAAAGUUGCAAAUGCUCAGGAGAAUGGAUUGAGAGAUUCAUAUGAGAUGAGUCAAUUGGAUUUGAUCAGUGCUGAUAUGACUCAACCCUUGGCUAGUGGCGUCAUCAAUGGCGGCCGGGAGGACAGAAAUCUGAGAAUGUUGAGGGAGGUCGAAUUACGCAGCUCCGGUGAUGGUGUUCCGGCAAGAAUGGACGGACUUUUCGCCGGCGAUUGCGGCGGUUUACGGCCAAGAUGGAGGUCUCACGGCACGUCAAUGAACUCAACUCGUCAAGAUCUUUCUAAUGGUAUAGUGGUGUCAAAAAUCGACGCCAGGAAAUCGGAGGCGCAGCGCAAGUGUUCGCAUUGUGGGCAACAAGGUCACAAUUCAAGAACGUGCAACAAUCGUAACAAUGUUGUUUCACCCAGGAAUCGGAAUGGGAAUGGGAAUGGGCAUUCCUUUAAGCUGUUUGGCGUGAAUAUUGUGGAGGGUGCAGAAGAUUCGAUGAAGAAGAGUCGAAGCAUGGGAAAUCUCGCUGCAUUGUCUGGAGGGCAAGGAAAAAACGACGUCGUUUCGGGUGGUGAUGAUCAUGAUGAUCAUGAUCCUGAGGCUGGGUAUCUCUCUGAUGGGGUCCUUCACAACGUCAAACGCAAAGCCGCUCGUGAGAGAAAAAGAGUCAUCUUUGGUUGCUAG